CAGGCGGCAGGCGCACUGUAUCUGCAACUGCGCGGCUUCGUCACUUACCAUCACUAUCAUGGCUCCUCAUCGUCCCCGUUCCCUUCGAGGUCUCGCCUUUGGCUCCAGGCGCAACUCAUCAGCAGGACCUCCUUCGCCUACUUUCUCUGACACCACAAAUGUCUCACAAAUGAACUUUGGCGCAAAUGGCCCAGAGAAGAUAAUAACCAGGUCCAACUUGAAAGCGAGUCUUCAGGCAUACGAAGAACUCAUGAACACCUCUGCAAACUAUCGUCUUGCUCUCGUUGCCAUGUCGAAAGCAACUGCAGCAUUCGCGGAUGCAAUGGAGGCUUGUAGCGGUCUCAAGGGACCAUCAUACGAGUCGGGAACACGCUUACAAGCUGCAUCUGGCCUUCAUCAUCUCAUAGGGAAUCAUUGGCAUGUCCUGGCUGAAGCAAUUGAUAAGAAGUUUGAGAAACCGCUGCGCCAGCACCUGGAGACGUACCGCACGAUAGUGAUCGAACGGUCGGCAUCAUACGAACGUGCGCUGCGGGAGAAAAGUCGAGUUAUUCGGGAUACAGAAAUGAGGAACAUGAACAGGAAAGAGCGAAAUUUACAAAGCUUCCGCGAGGCCCUGUCAGUUCUUCAGCAGCAGGUGGACGAUCUUGAUGACCUCAAGGCUGCUCAUUACCGGGAAAUUAUCGAACAUGAAGAAGAGGUGUGGGAUGUAGUACAGGGCAAAGUGUGCUUAGUUGUCCGCUCUACCAUGGAUUUGUUUGAUAGGUUCACUGCUAAGGCCUCUGACCCAGUCAUUGAGCCGAUGCUUCAGACGGUACCGGACCCGUUUGAUUCUUAUGGCCCACCCCAAGCCGAAGACCAGAUAUUCAGCAUUCUUCCUCCUCUUUCCAUUCUUACGAACCCAACUUCAUCGACAUCGGCUACGCCUAUAAUGACAACACCAGAGCUUAAUUCUAUGGAUGGUUUGCCUAGUUCCUCUAGCAGCCGAAACAGCUCAAUGACGUGGACUCCAAAUACUUCAAAUGGAUUGUACACAUCAGAAUCAACUGAAUGGGCGGAUGUGUCUCCUACCUCAACCUCACCAACUCCACCGAGAUCGGUGUCACCGCCAGUAUCACGUAGGCACUCAGCACCACCCAUAUCUCAACCCGGACAUCAUUCUCGCCGUUCCGAGUCAUCAAAGCUUCGCAGCGUUCUGUCAGCCAUUGAUGAAGGUCAUUCGCGGCAAGGAAGUCAUGAAGCUUCGCAGACAGAACCUGCACCUUAUACUUCCGUACUGAACGGCGCAUCACCAGCUCAGCCGCAGCCAGAGAAAGAAUCUAGUUUCAACUGGACGUCACCUUUUACCUAUGGCAGGUCACCAUAUGAAGACAUAGAUGACGGUGCCACGCCUCGAGGCUCAGCAUAUAGGGUUAAUGCUACUCCAUCACCUCCUGGAUCACCUCCACUUGACGGUAGUAGUUCGGAGAGCAAAGAGCCCGAUGAAACAAAAUCAGAGCACAGCACCUCGAGCAUGCCCGUUACUACAUGACACAAUUGACCUCUUCCGGCAACCUCACGCGGCGGAGAUUUUCAGGACUAUGCUUUCAUUUUAGUGGUUCA